AUGGCCGCAAGCACGGCGCGGUGGCAGCUGCUCGCCGGCGAGGUGAAGCGGCAGGCGUCGGGGUUCCUGCAGGACAAGUACAAGCAGGCGAGGCUGGCGCUGGGCGACGUCACGCCGGCAGAGCUGCUGGUUCAGGAUGCCACCAACAACGAUCCCUGCGUCCCCGACGCCAAGACGCUGGCCUGCAUCGCCGACGCCGCCUUCGACAUGGACGACUGCUGGAGGAUCGCCAAGGUGCUGCACCAGCGCCUCAGCCACGCCGCCGACUGGAAGGAGUGGCGCCCCGUCUACAAGGCGCUCGUCGUCCUCGAGUUCCUCCUCACGCACGGCCCCGACGACCUACCCCGCGACUUCCUGCCCGACAUGCCCGCCAUGCACGACCUCCGGAGCUUCCACUACGUCGACGACAAGGGCUUCGACUGGGGCGCCUGCAUGCAGCGCCGGACCGACAGCAUCCUCGCCCUGCUCACCGACGCCCACCGCCUCAGGGACGCGCGCCGCAGGGCCUCCGCCCACAACAACGGCUUCCUCGCCAGCCCGACCUCCUCCUCCUCCCCGUCCUCCGCCUCCUCCUCCAACUCCGCCUCCUCCCGCACCUGGUCCUUCAGCGGCGGCUCCUCCCACUACUCCGACAGCCCCACCAUGUGCCUCACCUGCGCCUACGACACCGGCUACCGCCACGACAAGAAGUGCGACGCAUACACGGCCGACGACGACGACGACUCCAACAAGACGACCCUCACCAAGUGGCCACCGCCCACGGUAGACGAAGCAGUACCAGACGCCGCCGCCGAGGACCUCGUCGCCGACGACGCCUCCUGGGACGCCCACAGCCACCACAUGGGAGUGGGAGUGGACGAGAUAAGCAGCAGCAGGUACAGGUUGCUCGCCUCCUUGGGCAGCAGGGCGUCCGGCUUCCAGAGCCUGUCGCAACCCGAGCAACGAAGGACAACCACCAAGAGGCUGCAGCUCCAGAGCCAGGAUUACUGACUUCUUGUUCCAUCCUUCCAUUUUACCCCUAUAUUAAGAUAAGAUCCUAUGUCCUAUAUAUAAAACUUUGUCAUUUGA